ACACCGCCGACAUGGGUCACUCGCACGGUUUGAGAGCCGGUACUCGGUAUGCCUUCAGCCGUAACUUCAAGGAGAACGGCCAGAUUCGCCUGUCGACCUACCUGAAGACCUACCGGGUUGGCGACAUUGUCGAUAUCAAGGUCAACGGUGCCGUUCAGAAGGGUAUGCCCUACAAGGUCUACAACGGUAAGACCGGUGUCGUCUACAACGUGACCAAGUCCUCCGUCGGUGUCCUCCUCUACAAGGUCGUCCGCAACCGCUACCUCGAGAAGCGCAUCAACGUCCGCAUCGAGCACGUCAAGCACUCCCGCUCCCGUGAGGACUUCAUCAAGCGUGUCAAGGAGAACGCCCAGAAGAAGCGCCAGGCUAAGGAGCAGGGUGUCCACCUCCACCUGAAGCGUCAGCCCCUCAUGCCCCGUGAGGCUCACCUCGUCGAGGGUACCGCUGCCGAGACCAUCACCCCCAUCCCCUACGACACCCACAUCUAAACGAAUCAAAAACGGUCGAUGCGGUUGUUUGGUGUUUCUGGGUUUUUCAAACUUAGGGUGGGCCUUUGCAAUGAGACGAAGCGAAACAGAGGGUUCCCAGAUGUUCUAUCACAUCUAAAUCCUGUGCAUAGAUUCCCCGGAAUGAAAGAAAAAACAAAAUUUCCAUUUCCCUGUUCGAAAAAUGAUAUCCAUGCGUUUUGCCAACUACCGAAAAAUCUGCGAAUAUGGCUUCUGCGACACAACACUAGACUUGAUAAACCCAGCACUCUCUCUCAACCUUGAAACCCGCCACCCGAUUCUUCAAACCCUACAACAUGGUAUCUACGGUACGCAACUGUAUGUCUGGGACGAGUGACGUAUGGAGUAGUUUUGGUUAUCUUCGAGUUUAAGCCUGGGACGUUAGAUGUAGCCUGCCUAUCCGAAAGCCAUAUCGAACAUGUACACGUAGGGCUGAUUGACGAUAUUAUUUGUAUCUCUGGAUAGUAC